GCUCUCUGUCUCUCGGUAACUUAGCAGAAAGUCCAAAAUGCCCAAAGCUGGCAAUACGCCCAUACCAUUCCCCCCACCUGAAAGCUGCAAGCUUUUUACUUGGGACGGAAACCAGAUAAUCACACGCUCCAUCUCUUCAUCCGUUUGACGGAAUUGAACUCCAACCCAAUAAUCGUCUGCAGUUUCCAGAAAAACCCAAUUCGAAAAGUCAGCUUUUUGUUCUGCAGAAAAGUUUGGGUUGCUGGGCGCGGCGGCGGUGGAGGAGGAGGAGAUGUGGGGGCUCGGGGGUCAGUGCUAUUGGGGGAGGAAGGAGCGGGGGAGCUAUGGGAUUGAAGGGAUAGUGGUGGUGUUUGCGUGGAUGUCGAGCCAGGAGAGGCAGCUGAAGAGCUUCGUGGAGCUUUACUCGUCUCUGGGUUGGAACUCACUCGUCUGCCACUCCCAAUUUCUCAAUAUGUUCUUCCCCGAAAAGGCUACAACUAUAGCGACGGAUAUUCUAAAUGAACUUGUUGAGGAGUUGAAGAUUAAACCUUGCCCAGUGGUCUUCACUUCUUUUUCUGGUGGUCCGAAAGCCUGUAUGCUCAAAGUUCUUCAGAUAAUUGGGGGAACCUGUGAAGCAAAAUUGAAUCUGGAUGAUUGCCGAUUAGUUAAAGACUGUAUUGCUGGCCACAUCUAUGAUUCGAGCCCAGUGGACUUUACUAGUGAUCUGGGUGCUAAAUUUGUUCUUCACCCAAGUGUCCUGAAAAUAUCUAAGCCACCAAGAUUUGCAUCCUGGAUGGCGCAUAGCAUUGCAUCUGGGCUCGAUGCGCUCUUUCUCAACAGGUUUGAGGCACAGCGUGCUGAGUACUGGCAGACUCUCUACUCCACCACUGGCAUGCAGGCCCCGUAUCUCAUCUUAUGCUCGGAGAAUGACGAUCUCGCUCCCUAUCAAGUUAUCCAUAAUUUUUCGCAGCGCUUACGAGAACUUGGGGCUGAUGUUAAACUAGUAAAAUGGAAUGACUCUCCUCACGUAGGUCACUACAGGCGUUAUCCAAUUGAUUACAAAGUUGCUGUAAACGAGCUCCUUGGUAAAGCAGCAGGAGUUUAUUCUCAAAGAAUUAGACGGCUGGAAGGAGAAACAUUGGGCAUGCAGGCAACACAAGAUGAGAUCGUCGACAAUGAACCGAUGAGUAGCAUUAGAAAAGCUGCGGGAGGCUCAAAUGGGUUUCGAGGAGUCACUCUGGCCUCAAGCGAUCACUUCUUCACCACGCCCGUCUCAAUGGAGUAUGAGGGAGGUAGACAUGUUGGGUCCAUGCAGGAAGAACGGAAGGAAGGGAUAAUUCACGUGCAUAACCCGCCAACUCCAAGCAUGAAUGCCCACGGGGUUCUCGGGCAGAUCCUUUUUGACGUCUGUGUUCCGAAGACUGUUGAGGAUUGGGAUAUCAAGCCAUCAUCGGGUUCUUGGAGCGGGAAAGGCAGCUCACUGGCUUCAAGAAGACGACAUACCCCCUUUAAUCCGAUCAAGUGCAUCCGUCGCUCAAGAUUAUAAGAGAGAUCAAGUUUUUAUCUUUAUUUUUUCAUUUCUUGCUUUCUUUCUGGAAUAAGGAGGAUAAGCUGAUGAUGAUCUCCUCUACCAUAAAAAAUGUAGAGUGACGCUGUUCAAUGACACUGAACAACCCUUAGGCUUUAGAGGAAGUUGUAAAUGUAAAAAAGAAAGCAAUAAUAAAUUAGCAAAAUAAUGUUUCUUGUACCAAAA